AUUUCUCCUCUCUCCAACGUUGGACGACCGCAUCUCUUCUCUCUCUGCCGUGAGACUGAAAACCCAGUCUUCAUUUCCCCCAAUUCAUAAAUCGAUUUGAUUUGAUUUUAUUCACAAAGGGAGAUCUAGUUUCUGAAAAUGGGACAAGGGUCAUGUUCUCAAGAAGAUAGCUUCGACUUGUUGAAUCAGUUCGAGCAUGUUCUUGAUUCUGACCCUCUCAUUGAUGAAGUUGGGUUUAUCCACCCCUCACAGUUCACAAUGCUGGAUAAAGAAUCAGGAUCCUCCGAUUACAACAAAACCUCAACAAAUUUCUGGAAUCAAGAUCAUAAACUUGGAAUAUCAACCGACAUACUUACUCAGUUAUGUAGAGUUGCAAAACAUGCUUUCCUGGCUGCAUUUAACGAGUACAAACGCCAUGAAAACAUCUCAUCUGGGGUCUCUUUUGUGAGCAAGGUAAUGAAGCAUAGCCAAGCUGUUUUGCUGUUAAGCUCAGACUUUGGAACUGCAUGGAAUGCAAGGAAGUUGAUCUUGUCGAGACAAAAUCAACCCACCUUGGAGGCAUUCACGGAAGAACUUCGUCUUUCUAGGCUCAUUCUUUCAAACUGUCCAAAGAGUGAGCCAACAUGGAGCCACAGGAGGUGGAUAAUUAAGAUGAUCUCUCGGAGUUUUUCCACACCACAAGAUAUUGUCACCAAAGAGUCUGAGUUGGUGGAAUCAAUAGGCGAGAGAUCAAAGAUGAACUAUCGUGCAUGGUAUCACCGUUGCUGGUUGGUUUCCUACAUGACAAUCGAGCAGGUGCUACAAGAGUUGAACAAGUCUAAAAGAUGGGCAGGACUGCAUGUAGCUGAUAGUUCUUGUUUCCAUUAUCGCAGACGGCUGAUGCUCAGGGUUUUGGAGCCACUUAAGGUGAAAGGAAGCAAUGCUAAUGAUGAUGAAACUGAGGCACAUAAAAUCUGGAUGGAAGAGCUUGAUUGGAACAAAGAGCUGGUUAAACGUUACUUGGGACGAGAGGCACUAUGGCUUCACAGGAGGUUUCUCUCUCUUAAUUGGAUAAUGUAUUUCUGCCGCAAUCAGUCAUCUGAAACCGGAGAGAGUAUCGUCAUGAAUGAAGAAACUGUCAUCUUCAUUGAUAAUGAGAUCCAUCUUCUAGAAUCUUCUAUGACCGUUCCUGAUAACAAGUUUGAAGAUUUCCAAGCUCAAGCACUGCAUGCUUCUGCCUACAUGCUUUGGCUGACAAAGCAUAUUCCAAAAUUGUGGAGAAUGCUUGAAGAGAAGCUUGGAACAGAGAAACUCAAGUGUGUACUGAACACAGUUGAUCAAGAGAGACCCUCCUUGCUUUUGCAGCUAAAACAUAACAACGAUUAUUGAAUUAAUAUAGUUGUGAUAGUGUAAGGUCUCAAAUAUGGUACUGUAGAGAUUGGUGAGAUCAAAGGUGCUUCUCUAUCUGAUAACUUUGAUUGACAUAAACAUAAAACAUGUGUUAGUUGUUAGUGGCCACCAUACGUCAGCAAACAUGUUACAGAAUUGUUAUGAGCAAAAGAAUACAUUAAUCUUAUUCUAUGGACUUCUGUUGAUGAGUG